GCAAAGCCGCAGAACAGGAAGUACGCCAUCCUCCGUGGGAUGAGUGCUCUUCACCGCCUGUCCCGAACGUGCCAGAUGUCCGACCGGAGGUGCCAGCACAGCCGUCCAAGAUACCUCCUGCUGAAAGUCACCCAAAGUCUGAGGCGUUCUCGGUCGCCCCAGUAUCGGCCAGCAGCUCCCUCAGGGAUGCCCUGCGAGACACUCUCCGCGAGCUGGCUGGUGGCAGUGAGCAUCGCCAGGAG